UGACCAGCCUUUCAAAGCACUUCAUAAGUACAGAUGUGAGUGCUACAGGGUGAUAGUCAUUUAGGCAGGUUACAUUGGAGCUCAUGGGAACAGUGGUGGUAAGCUUGAAACAUGUUGGGAUUACAGACAAGGAUAGAUUGAACAUGUCAGUGAAGACACUUGCCAGCUGUUCUGCGCAUGCUUUGAGAACACGCCCUGGUAUUCCGUCUGGCUCCGCGGCCUUGUGAUUGUUAGCCUAUUUAAACAUUUUGCUCACAUCAGCCACGAAGAGCGAGGUCACACAGUCAUCUGGAAAAACAGGAGCUUUUUUCCCAGAAAAACAAAAGCCAUGUAGUUCGUUUGGGAGUCCUGCAUCGCUGGGGAACUCAUGGCUGGGAUUCCCUUUGUAAUCCGUUAUUGUCUGCAAGCCCUGCCACGUACGAUGAGCGUCUGAGCGGGUGUAAUAUGAUUCCACCUUCCUCCUAUAUUGUUUUUUCUCAUGUUUGAUGUCUCAUCGGAUGUCGUAGCAGGUUUUCUUGUAUGCGUUCGUGUCCGUUUUCCGUCUCUACCCUUUAGCCCAGCGCGGAUAUUGCUUGUAAUCAAUGGUUUUUGGUUUGGAUACGUUCUUAUAGUCACUAUGUAUAGUAUACAAUCAAUAUAGUAUAAGAUCAAUUAAUCAAUCAAUGUACAUGAGGAAAGAGAGAUAUUAAAACAAACUAUUCUUAAAAUCAACCUGGAACAAAGCAUGCUGGGAAAUAUAAUAAUAAUGAAGCCACUCCCACAUCUUUUUUUCUAUCUGAGAAAGUAAACAGAAAUUAACUCUACCCAGUUGAGUAACAAAAAACCACGCGAUUGUAAAGAUUUCUUGAAUCAAAUGUCCUGUCACUUCAAUUUCUAAUGACUAAAUGCACUCUAAACAGGACAAUGGGAAAGUAAUCACUACUGUUUCAAAUCUGAACACUUAGGAGAUAUACUGUAGGUGUUUUCCUGGUUGGAAACGAACAGGAAAAAGCUGACUCACGUUUAAUCUUGCAUUCUAACACCUAUGUUCUAGAUGAGAAAACUUAUUGGCAAAUCUAAAUUACUUAUGCUUAAGUUUUUAACACUGACCUUUAUGUUAAUAACUUAUCACGUUUCAUGGUUUUACAGUGUGCAGGUGAUAGUGCACUGUUUAUGGUGGAUGGUCCAUCAAUAUUUUGUUGUUAUUUAUAAGACAAAGAAUGUUGACAAUUCUGUUUAGGUCGACUCACCUCAAAGAUCACUGGUGAACUAGUGAUGUAAAGCAUCUGCAAUAAUGCAUUAUCUGCAUGUAGCCUACAGCAUCUCCUAUCACUUUUAUCAUCUCAUUACAGUCUGUACAUCAACGAUGUAUGAAACAGCUGUUGAACUAUGCUCUUGUACAUGAUGGAAAUGACUGGGUCUACAUUCCCACAGUGUGACAUGUCACUUAAGAAUAGUUUGUUUUAAUGUCUCUGCUUUCUCAUGCACAUUGAUUGAUUAAUUGAUAUUAUACUAUAUUGAUUGACUUGUUUGUGCUCUCCACAUCCUCCUUUUUUUGUUGGCACAUACAGUACCUUUCUCCCUUGCAACUCUCUGUCCACUGGGGACAGACGCCGUUUUAAUGUCUAGUUUUUGGUUGAGUUGUCAAAUAACGAGAAUUCAACAUUCACAUCAUUGGAUUUAGGUUAAAAGUUGGGUGAAAAAAAGACUAAAUUCCCUUACGUUGAUUACUUUUUGAAAAUCCAAUCAGUUUUCCACGUUGAUUCAACGUCAUCACAUUGUAGUUGUAGUUGAAAUUAUGUGGAAACCACAUUGAUCCAACAAGUUUUUCUCCAGUGGUUGCCCACGUCAACACUCUUCUUGCUGCUAUGGUUUCUCUCUACUGGGAGUGAUUCCUGCAGCCCAGUGGUAGAGGGGGCUGGUCCACAUGCACCACCCCAAGCCCCACCUCCCAUGGGGCAGCGAGGCCAGCUGUUAGUGAUGCGUCGACUGUGCUGCCCUCCAGCUGCAGCUGUUCACCGCUCAAUGAUGGGGCUGACAGCAGCACGCCCACCCAACCUCAUCUAUCCAUCCAGCCAUCCCACUCACCCACACAGCGCUACAGCAAAGCACCAUGUGCACUAUGUGAUCCCGUAUGAUGGGGACCAGUCUCUGGUGGACUCUGCAGAUAACUACUUUGUGAGUGACAGUGUGACCAAGCAGGAGCUGGACCUGAUGCUGGGGCUGCUGCUGGGCUUCCUCCUCAGCUGGCUGCUGCUGUGCCUGGACGGGGUGCUGCACGCUGCCCUCAGACGUUGGAGGGCCAAACAGCACCAUGAUGCGUUCUCCUGGUCAUGGGUUCCCCGCUUCUGUAACCUGGGGAGAAGGGUGCACAUGAGAAAGCUAGAGGACUCAAGUGGAAACAUGGUGCACAUUAAGCAGAAGAUGUACCACAACGGACACCCCAGCCCACGCCACCUCUGAAAGCCAUGGACAACGGACACCCCAGCCCACACCACCUGAGAGCAUUAGACUGGCUGAGACCAUAGACUGAGACCUGCUGACAACUGACCAACCAGACACAAGGGCAGCUAAACAAAGACUAUCCAAGAUAUACCCUUCAAACCAUACUGUUUCUUAUUGCCACUGGAUAGAGCACUUUAACUGGCCCAAUGGCCUUCACACACAGUGCAAAACUCCUCACCGUCCAUAUCUGUCUUGACUGGAAAUGAUUUCAUGUAAAAGGAUGUAGGUAAUGGAGGGUCCAGUUAGUAGUGGGGUAAGCAAUUUGAUAAAAGCGUGUCAGUUUUUCAAAAUAGUAUAUAUAUAUUUGGUUUAGAAUGUCAAUUUUGCUAGAAGUGGGGAUAGGGUGUAUAUUUUGCUUAGGGUUUGUCCAUUUGUAGAACAGUUUGUUUAUUUUGCCUGAAUAUGCCCGUUAUAAAAUAAAAAUAUUUAUUUUGCUUGAGGGUGGUCAAAUUUUGAGAGGGAUUUGUGUAUUGGUAGUACUUUGUCUAUUUUAAAAACUUGGCAUGUGAAAGCUGUACUGAAAGGGGCCUAGGGAAUGUAUUUUACAUGGGUGGUUGUCAUUUCUUUCUUGGUUAUUGAUGUCAAUAAUUACACAUUAUUUGGGGUGGGAACGAGAACAUAAAUGCUGCCUGCUCAUCUAACUGUGUGGUGUGUACAGUAUAUGCAGUGUGCCAACAUUAAAGAACCAUUAGUUAUGGCAAUGUUGUAUGUGUGUGUUGUUAAGGGGUUAAAGGUUUUAUUUGGUCCAGAGGGUCAUCACCAUGGAAACCUGGAGAUGAAAUUCCAAAGAGGGUUAAACUCAGGAACUCUUUAUAGUUGACAAAAUACUUCACACUGAACAGCCAGAUGUAGAGUGCCUCCAUAAUAGUAGCUGUGAAAGGGACUGCCUGUGGUGUAUUAACUCAUACAGGUGCAAAAUGCUCUUGUUAUGGCAUUGAAGAGUGAUACUGUAUGAGGACUGUGACCCAUUGGGAUCCUGAGUGUUCCUCCCUUAUGAAUUAGUCUCUAGGGAGUGGGAUGUAGCACCCUUUCACUUCAACUCCCCAUCCUCCCUAGACCACCCCCGUCUCUCUGUGCAGACAUCGGUGUUGUAAAAAUUAAAUGUUUGUUUCAUUAAAACGGACCACUGGAGGUUAACA